UGUGGUCAUGAGCCAGAACGAGAUAAACAUAUGUCGCUAGACGAAGGAAUAAUGAAAAAUGGCGAUACUCAUAAACGUUGAGCAAGGACUAUGAAUGAGAAAAAGGUGCAAAUAAACAAACGCGGUAAAGGACGCGUAAGCCGUGAUGAAAUACAAAACUGGACUAAAGAGCAGCUCAUAGCGAAGGUUUUACAAUUAGACGCAUACAAUUUUCAAAUAAGAAAUUUGCUACAAAAGAAAUUGGGGCAAAAUGAUAGUGAAAUCUAUGAACAUCUUGCCGAGUUGGAGACUAAUGAGGUGACAUCUGUAGAAAAUGUUCCCAAAGCACUGCCUCAAACAAAUAGAAAAACACCAAAACGUAAAUUUGACUUUCAGAAGAGUCACAAACGACACGUGUUGAUAAAACUACUUUAUUUUGGUUGGAAUUAUCACGGUUUGGCAGUUCAGGAAGACUCGAAUGACACAAUAGAGCACCACUUAUUCCAAGCGCUUAUACGCACCUGUCUAAUUGAGUCGCGAGAGUCAGCUAACUACCAUCGCUGUGGACGCACAGAUAAGGAAGUGAGUGCCUUCUCUCAAGUUAUAUCUAUAGACUUACGUAGUAAAUAUCCACCAGAAGAGCAGCAUACUAGCGAAGCCUUGGCUAAUGAAGUAGAGUACUGUACGCUACUGAAUCGUGUACUACCGCGGAAUAUUCAAGCUGUGGCAUGGAUGCCGCUGCGUAGUCCUGUAUAUAGUGCACGUUUCGAUUGUAUUGGACGUACAUAUAGGUAUUACUUCCCAAAAGGCGAUUUAUGUAUAAAAUCUAUGCAAAAUGGUUGUGAAUAUCUGGCGAGACAUACAGAUUUUCGAAAUUUCUGUAAAAUGGAUGUUAAUAAUGGCGUGACAAAUUAUAUAAGACAAAUAUUCAAGGCUAGUGUGCAAAGGUGUGCAGUUGAACAAGAAUCUAAGGAUGUUGAGGACGCUUAUGCCAUGUAUAUGCUGGAAAUUAGAGCAAACGCCUUUCUUUGGCAUCAAAUACGUUGCAUCAUGGCUGUAUUGUUGCUCAUUGGGGAAGGCAAAGAGCAACCGGAAGUUAUUAAUGAGUUGCUAAAUGUAGAGAAGAACCCAUGCAAACCACAAUACACGCCCGCCAUUGGUAUGCCUUUAAAUCUGUUUCAUUGUGAAUUUCGCAAGCAUACCAUUCAACCUGCGGAUAGUGGGAAAUCCAAUAAUAUUGGUAAUAUUGGUAACGACAUUGAUACUGGAGAAAGUGCAGAGGAGCACACCUCUAAUUGGAUAUAUGGUGAUGAGCAUUUGCAAAAGCUUAUCGAAGCUGUGCAAGGUGAAUGGAUGCAGUACAAUAUUAAAAGCACUAUGAUACGAGAUAUUCUACACCAGUUAGAAAGUAUACGCCAAAAGGAGAAUGUGUCAUCAGCACCUGUGCGCGCUCAGGCUUGGCUGCUGCAAGACGGUGUACGUCCACGCCAAUAUCAAGAACUUUUAAAUCGAAAACGUUGUGAAAGUUUGGAAAAUCGCAUUCAACACUUUGUUAAGAAGCAACGGUUAAUUGUUACGAAUGAGCCGGCAUAGGAUUCUAAUUUGUUUUCUGAAAAUGAUUAAUUUUUUAAUAUUCUAAUAAACUGAUUU